ACCAAACCAAACCAAGAAAAAGAAAAAGAAAACAUAGUAAAAACCAUACAAGAGAGUAUCUAGCUACUUGUUACUUGACUUGAAACCUUUUUUCUUAACCUUUCAAACUUUUUUUCCUUAUUUAGUUUCCUUCACAGCAUAGCAAAACAGAAAGAAAAACAAAGCAAUAAGAACCAGAGAUAUAUAAUGCCAGCUAUUUUGCUUCUAUACAACAUUCUAAAUUCAUUCCUUAUUUCUCUCAUUCCAAAGAAGCUAAGACCCUUCUUUCCCUUCUCUUGGUUCCCCCACCAAACAAACAACACUUCUUCUUCUUCUUCUUCCUCCUCUUCAUCACCAAGAAGGGCCAGCAGGGCCAUUAUCAUCACCAAGACAAGAAUAAUGGACCCAAAUGAGCUCAGGAGAGUCUUCCAGAUGUUCGACCGGAAUGGAGACGGGAGAAUCUCCAGGAGCGAGUUGACAGUCUCCCUGGAGAAUCUCGGGAUCUUCAUUCCGGACAAGGAACUAGCUCAGAUGAUCGACAAGAUUGAUGCCAAUGGGGAUGGAUUCGUGGAUGUCGAAGAGUUUGGGGAGCUGUACGAAUCUAUAAUGGUGGAACGUGGUGACGAGGAGGAAGACAUGAAGGAAGCUUUCAACGUGUUUGACCAGAAUGGAGAUGGGUUCAUCAGCGUGGAGGAGCUGAGGGCGGUCUUGUCUUCCUUGGGGCUUAAGCAAGGUAGAACCGAUGAAGAUUGCAAGAAGAUGAUAAUGAAGGUGGACGCUGAUGGUGAUGGCAUGGUUAACUACGGAGAAUUCAAGCAAAUGAUGAAGGGUGGUGGAUUCAGUGCUCUCAGUUAAUCAUCUUUCAUCAACAUUAUUGCACGUAUACAAAUAUGUGAGAGUCAUACAAAAGGAAGAAACAAAAAAGGGGUGGCGGUUUUUGAUCGGUUUAAGGUUAAUGUAUGCUAUGAUUCCCACGUUGUAAAUAAGUUAAGUGUUCGUGGAUUAUCAUAGGAGGAUGCAGAUCAUCACCACCACCAACAUGAACUUGUUGAAGCUUCUUGUUGCUGUUGUUUUGUUGUUGGUGUUUCUUCUUUUUUGUUCUUUUUUUGCCAAUCCCAGAAUGUUGGGUGGUUAGCACUUAGAACUUGACAUGGCCACAUUGAUGGACAUACUAAUGAUUUCUUACUUUCUUUUUUUCUAAGGAGGGAAAGGGAACGGUGGGCUACUGCUAUUGUGACAGUGUGUUUUCUUUCUUUAUUUUUAGGGGCAGAAGGCCUGAUUCUGUUUUAACUUGUAAUACUCUUGUUUGGUGAUUUCAGUUGAAUUUGCUCA